CGGAGCGGCGGCGGCGGAGCUGCUGCUGCGGCGGCCCCGGAGCCCGGGGGAGCGGCCCCGGUGCUCGGCUGGAGCGGCCCCGCCGCGCCCGAAGCACCGGCCCUGGGGUCAGUGGCCAUCGCCCCCGGAGGCACCCGCUGGACGCGAAGAUGAAAUCCUCUGACAUCGACCAGGAGCUGUUCACUGAAAGUUACUGCAAGGUGUGCAGUGCUCAGCUCAUCUCCGAGUCGCAGCGCGUGGCCCAUUAYGAGAGUCGGAAGCAUGCCAGCAAAGUCCGUCUCUAUUACAUGCUUCACCCCAUCGAUGGAGGCUGCCCAGCCAAAAAGCUCCGCUCAGAAAAUGGCGGUGAUGGUGACUCAGUGGAUAAGAACAAAUGCUGCACAYUAUGUAACAUGUCCUUUACCUCAGCAGUGGUGGCGGAAUCGCAUUACCAGGGGAAAAUCCAUGCCAAAAGGUUGAAACUGUUGCUAGGGGAGCAGCCAUCACUAAAGGCCACAGAAGCUGCUCUGGGCUCCCUGAAGCCCCCGCACCCGGCCAGUGCCCCGGUGGUGCCGUGCCCGCCCCAGCGCAGGGACUCGGAUCGCUACUGCCAGCUCUGCACUGCCUGGUUCAACAACCCCAUGAUGGCACAGCAGCACUACGAGGGCAAAAAGCACAAGAAGAACGCGGCCAGGGCCGACCUCCUGGAGCAGCUGGGGAAGACCCUGGACCUGGGGGAGCUGAGAGGCCUGAAGCGCAGCUACACCUGCAGCACCUGCAAUGUCACCCUCAACUCCAUAGAGCAGUACCACGCACACCUGAAGGGCUCCAAACACCAGACCAACCUGAAGAACCAAUAGUGGCUCAUGAGUGGAGAAGAGGACGAGCACCAACACUGCCCAGGGAGGGCAGAGGCUCAGCAGGAGAGGAGCUUUCUUGGACACUGAUCCUUUGUGGAUUCAAYAAUUAACAUGUAACUAACCUUCGCUUUGGACAGAUACAUGGAUUUUUUUUUUUUAAAUUUUGUGGUGAGUUAAAAUAUUUCGAUGGAUUUUUUUACCCUUUCAGGACAAUAUUUAUUCAGCACAGAGUCUAGAGUAUGAUAACUAUCCUGUAAAUACAGCACUUACUCAUCACUCAUCUUCAGGGACACUCAAAACAAACGAUUUUACUUUUUCAUAUUUAUUCUCAGACUUCUCUCAAGAACAUAUGAUUAUUCCACURCAUUAUCCAUGAUAGUGAUGUAAUCAGUCUUCAAUCAGAAAUAAACAUUCUUUCUUCACCUUCUCCAGCAUGGUUUGUGUCAACACAUAAAGAGCAACAGCAGUGAAUCGUGGGGAUUGUGCAGUGGAUGUUCCUCCCUUCCCUCUUGGUCUCUGGAGAAACAAAUGGUUCCAUGAGUGAAGAGCACUGAAAUGAAAGUGUGAAUUCUUUUAGGAUUCCUGCAGACUCUACAGGAGCUGUUUGCUCUGUUGACUUUGGUGCAGUGCUGAGGCUGGACACUGCUCUGCCCACCAGGACCCACAGCCCUUCUGAGAGCUGAGGAAGGAUGGUGCAGUAACUCUGAGUAGUUACUCCUUCUCUGCAGUGCAGCAGAGUUCCCUGUGAGCAUCUGAGCAGAGAGAGGAGUGAGGCAGAGGAGAGCCCCUCCCUGCUCUGCAUCCCAGAGCUCUGCUCAGGAUCCUCAGCUCCCUGSGCUGCUCUGGCCCAGUCCUGCCCAGGGAUGCUCAGGAGCUCUGCAGCUUCCCCUCCUCACUCUGUGGGAUGCUCAGACACUGCAGAAGCUCYGUGUGAUUAAUUUGUGCUCUUGCAUCAAUGCCUUUCAUGUGUGGAGGAGAAUGGGUUUUUCACAGAUGAGUAAACAUCUCCUUGGGUUUCAUAGCUGUGGGGUGGUUUCAUUUAUUGUGUUUUGGGUAAUAACACAAGCUGCCAGUGUUCCUGAAGCUAAACUGCCUCUUUACAGAGAGAAUGAUUUACAGAAAUAGGGCACAUCAGUCAUGAGGGUUCAAGCCUGGCUCUUCUGAGCCUUCUUUCCCCAAARGAACCCUCCUGCAAGCAGCUCCCAGGGUGCUGCAGAGGCAUUUUUGUCAGGAGACAAAACCAAAAAUCUYCUGUGUGCUCUAGUAAUCACUACAAGCUAAUUGCAGCAAAUUAAUUCCAGCMCAAACACGGUUUCUUUCCGCAGGCAGGUGUGGACACAGCUCUGCAAUGAGAGCAAUCUCUGCUCCCAGCCCGUGCAAGGGGCUCUCCUUUCCUGGGUCUGCAGCCUGGCCUGGAGUUGGUGGCUUGGUUGAUCUGUGAGGAGGCCAAAGAAAGAGGAUCUGUCUGUAAUUUAGACAAAUCCAGCAGCUCUCAGGUAGAUGGUGUGGCCCUGCAGAGCAGGAGGGUCCCCACAUCCCACCCCACAUCCCCUGAGUGACACAGCAGUGCAAUAUUUCUGUUUGUUGCCAAUAUUGUCCUGCUCCAGUCAAUCAGGCUUUGGUCCCUAAAUCCUUCUAAUCUCUUGCUUUUYCUAAGUUCAUUAGGCCUUCAAAGCAAGACAUAAAAAGACAAAUYCCCUCCUGGUAAGUCAGGGAUCCCUGUAGAAUUGUCGCCAGAUCUCUGAUGUCAGGCCUGGUCCAAGACCUCUGGCUGAAAAGUGUGAGUGGAUGUGUUAGGGAGCUUCAAAAACUUCAGUGCAACCACUGCAUCCCCCAGGUUACUUUAAAAUGAAGGGUGAAAAYAUUUGCAUAUAUUUUCUCAAUUAAAAAACAGAAACACACUCUGGAUKUUUUAUGCAGAACAUCUAUGCGUAACACUUUGAUUUUGUCUGUUCUGGCCAAAUGUUUUCCAACUUAAAAUUCUGUGCAAAAUUCUGUAAAGCAAGUAAAUGUGAAUUUGUCAUCAGUCUGGGUCUCUCCCCAGACUCACUUUGCAGUCAGUGCUAACUGGAAUCCCAGUGCAGGUGGGAUUACAGCCCUGAACUGCAAUCUUUGGGUUUGCAGCCCAUGUUAGCACAGCUCUCCAGCUCUGGUGCAGGGUCAGGCUGUGUCAGGGCAGGACACUGACUCCAGUGGGGUUUAAUGCUCAGACAGCCCAGCACAAAUGAUCCCUGGUUUGUCUGAGGUGAUGGAGCUGUGGUAACGUGAGGCUCCCUGAGAUCUGCAGCUUCACACUGGGAUUAACCAUGGGGGAAGAAAGCUCCUGCUACGUAAUUGGGGYUUCCUUUGUUAACUUCCUAUUGCAUCAACUUCAUUAGCAAGGGCUGACCUUUAAAAGCACCUUCCAUAAUCUUCAAAUUAAGAMUGUGGAAGUCUCAUUUUUCCUGYUGGCAGCAUCCUGCCCUGUGUGAGGUGGUGACCUGSCCCAGUGCCAGCCUGGUCCCCCAGCAAGGGGCUGUGAGGACCCCCCAGGGCUGGGGAUGAGCAGGACCCAGUUUGGGGUUUGCAGUCUCAGAGGGAGAGGAAAUGUGCAUUAAACUGUGGAUUGGUCCCUGCUGAAGUUUCUGCCCUGGGCUCAAGUGUGGACUUUGUGAUGGAUUGUGUAGUGGGCCACUGCUCCCUAAUGGAGCCCACGGGCAGCUCUGACAAAAGCCUCUGUCGAACAUGUUUUUAAUCAGUGUGUGCAUUUCAAUUUGCAUAUUAAUAGCAAGGAGCUGUUAUUACUGCUGCUGUUGAUGAGAUGGUGUCAAGCCCAUCUUCCCGUCUGAGGAAAGAAAGAAACUGCAUCUGUURUAUAAAGAAUGACAUUGGCAGAAAACAUGUCUGAGGAUUGUCCAUUCUUUGCCUCUCUCUUCCUUUAUCACUUGCUUUAUUUUGUUCUUAAUGGCUCAUACGGAUGCAUUCAUUAAAUCUUUCCCCUYAGAACAAGGAUCAUUUAAUGGCAGAAUAAG